UUCGUAACUGCACGCCGGGUUUGUCCUGCUUGGGUCAGAUAGAGCAGCAUAUGUGCCUCCUGAUGAGAGUCUAAUAAGUUUCGAAACCGGUAGAGGUGCUUGCAGCGCUCUCUUAUUGAACUAGAAUAUCAUGCGGCUGUAGUUUCGUGUUACAACGAAAUUGAAAAUGGUUAUUCAUUUUUAUAUUAAAGUUUCGUUAAUAGAGGAUAGUUUACUAAGCUAAUUUAAAAUGCCAUCAUUUUUCAAAAAUGAAGUUGUACGUUUACGUUUCACAUAUUGCUACAAUAUCAAUAAAUGAUUUAUAAUUGAGGAUAUUUUGUUUCAGUGGUCAUGCACAAAGAUAAAGAUGACGGUCUUCAUCGCCAAAGGGAUCUCACAGCCUUUGACCACACUCCCCUAGAUGGAGAAAUGUUUCUUCAGGCACUAAAUGGAUUUCUUAUAAUUUUAACUUGUGAUGGAGAAGUUUUCUUCGCAACCCAUAGUAUAGAAGGUUAUUUAGGAUUUCAUCAGUCGGACAUAGUCCACCAGUCUGUAUACGAAUUGGUCCACUCAGAAGAUAGAGAAGAAUUACAACGGCAACUGAUGUGGAAUUCGUUUCUUCCACCCGAGUCAUCCAAUAUGGGUCUUCAAGAUGUUCUUCUGCCAGAAAAUUGCCAUUUGUUAGAACGAAGUUUUACCGUGCGCUUCCGAUGUCUCUUAGACAAUACUUCCGGUUUUUUGCGUUUAGACAUCCGAGGGAGAGUGAAAGUGCUUCAUGGUCAGAACCGUAAGUCAGAAGAGCCUCCUUUAGGACUUUUUGCAAUUUGUACUCCUUUUGGACCGCCAUCACUGUUAGAAAUCCCACAAAAAGAAGUCAUGUUUAAAAGCAAACACAAACUAGAUUUGGCUCUAGUUUCUAUGGACCAAAGAGGUAAAAUGUUAUUAGGAUAUUCAGACAAUGAACUGGCAAAUAUGGGAGGUUAUGACUUAGUACAUUUCGAUGACUUAGCAUAUGUGGCCAGUGCCCAUCAGGAACUUUUAAAAACUGGAGCUUCUGGUAUGAUAGCCUACAGAUUUCAGAAUAAAGAUGGACAAUGGCAAUGGUUGCAGACUAGUUCAAGGCUAGUGUACAAAAAUUCUAAACCUGAUUUCGUCAUAAGCACACAUCGACCCUUAAUGGAGGAAGAAGGGCGUGAUCUUCUUGGCAAACGUACAAUGGACUUUAAAGUGAGCUACCUAGAUGCCGGUCUUCCAAAUAAUUAUUUCUCUGAGACGGAUCAACUUCUAUCCAAUACUCCAAAUGUUACUCCCCAUCCUAUACCAACGACUCCAUCUAGAGUAAAUCGCAGGUACAAGACUCAACUACGAGACUUUCUGUCUACUUGCCGGACAAAACGUAAACUAUCGCACAGUUCAAGUGGACAAGUCACUCCUCCUGCUAAUUCCAGUGUUGCAUCGGCUGUAGUUAGUCCAAUGCCUACAGUCGAUUACAUCACUUCCGAUGGUUGUACAGCUGCGUACAACAUGUACACUAGUCCGUACUCUUCGGCAACUGCAGAGCACAGUUUGUCUUACAUGAGUCACUCCAAUUUUCAGCACAGUUUAUAUCCAACGCCCACAGCACUGGACAAUCGUUAUUUGACUACCACAGAAAACUUAUUUCAUCAAUAUAGGCCACUUACUACGUAUUACCCGGAGUAUCACCAUUCUCCAACCGCUAGUCCUUACGUAGGAAACGGAUUCCUUGAAAUGCCUUCAAGAACAUAUGAUCCGUCUAGUUCAACACCUAGUCACCACACUACCUAUAGAGCCACUGUAAUGCCAGUGGACGACAAAAUAUAUUCAUGUCAACAAGUUGGUCAACCAACAUACGUGGAUACUUCCAGGAGCUACGUAGUACCUAACUCCACUAAAUGUUUAGAUGUCUCCUGGCCUUACUCAGUGAGUCCUUCUUCGGGAAUCAUUCAGCCAAUCCAAGUCAUGAGCACACAAUUAGAUAUAAGUCACAAAGAAUGCAGCAAAAUCAAGCAUUCAUCAAUUGAUGCAAUGGGAAACCAUUCUUCUUCGCCGGUUAACACUGGUCUUAUAACACCGAAAAUGGAAGAUAUUAAAACAGAUUCAAAUAUAAUCCACCAGUCGGAAAGCCCUAAUCACCACAUGACUCAAAAUUCAGUAACGCCUCAGCAUUUUUCCCCUGUGACAUCGGUCUCAGAAAUGCCGAGGCAGACUGUUUUAAUGUGGGGAUCUAAUCAUAUACACAACUCUCCAGGAUCCACGAACAGAUCUCCGGGUGACACCGGAGAUUACUCCAUUUCGUCUGUACCACCUUCAGAAGGUUGUGAUGCUUUAAAAAGUUUAGCGGAUAUAAGUAAUCCCGAAAUGUGUAAAUGGAAUGGAGAGGACAGUAAAGCUGAAACUGUAGUUCAGAAUAGUGAUUCAGACAGUCCACACCAUCAUCCCAACCAUCACAACCACCAUAAUUCGCGAGUUGUGAUGGUUCUAUGAUGAAUGUGUUUUACUGGCACUGACCAGUAUGUACAUACUUAUAUAUAUUUUUAUUAAAAUUGCACAUAAUUUAAAAUGUCGCUGGUAUUGGCAAAGUCACAUAAUAACUUGAACAUUGGUUUAUAAAUAAUUGCAAAAUAAAUGUUCCAUAGGCGUAUACUAUCAUGAACAAAAAAGGCAUAUCAAUUUCGUGUGAUAAAGCCAUUUUGGAAAAUAAUUGCAAAUAGUUUGCGGUCUUAUAAUAUAAUGUACAUACAGGGUGGGGCAUUAGUGUGACAAAGUCCAAUUACUCGUUUGUCGUAAGAGAUACGAAAAAAAGUUAUUUAGGUAAAAGUUGGGGCACAUAUAGUACCAUAAUUUAAAAAUAUUUUCAAAUAUACAGGGUCGUCCGUAUUGACAGGGUGACACAAACUUAUGUUUUUUUUUAAUGGAACACCCUGUAUAUUUUUACAUUUUUGGAUUCUCCUCGAUGUUUCCUUUCUUAAAAUAUAUGGUUUUAUAAUAUUAAACGAGGUAGUUUAAAAGUUAAUUACGUUUUUUUGUUAAUUUCGCAGCAAAAUCUACACCCUGUAGAAUUUUAGUUAUUUGACAUCAAAUUUUUAUUUUAUGUUCAAAGGAUUUUUAAUAUAGUCUACUAUUGUUGAACAUUAACAGUAUAGCGAAAUGUUUAAUUUUAGUAUACAGGGUGGGUCGAAACUCGGAAUGAGUAUUUUCUGAGUUUUCUUAAAUGGAACACCCUGUAUU